UCCAUUUCCAGUUUUUUGCAUAGACUGUGUUGGUAAUGGAUGGCUCAGAGGUUGAGGACAUUAGUCCAGCCCUUGAGAUGACAGAGGACUACUUGCACUGUCUGGAUGGCAGUCAGGAGGACAGGCUAGUCUGCCCAUCCAAACUGAAAGAGGCUAUCACCCUGGAAAAGUUAAGCUCUACUGGGGUGUGGGGUUUGCUGACUGGAGAACAGCUGGAGAUAUCACACAAUGUAGCUUGGGCUGAACCAAAUUUGGUUAGUGUGCUGGGACUGAGGCAUGGUAAGAGGAACCGAGCCCGAUCCACCAAUGAUUUGGCAGCCCAUGCCAAAGAGACCAAUUCCACCAACAACUCCAAUGGGGGCUUCAGACGAGGACACAACAGAUCACAAUCAGAUGUCAACCACCAAACAUACAUGAAAAAUAGGGUGCCAGCUGUUGACAAGGACACGCUUAAGAACAUGGCUUUGAAUGACCAUCACGAAGAUAAAAAGGAAAGCACCCCUAGCUUGCUGAAGCAAGGGAUGCUGGAGCACAGGGAGGGUCCUUGGGGCCGCUGGAAUGCCUGCCAUGUGGAGCUUACACCGUGCGAGUUGCGUGUCUACAGUCUGGACAGUAGUGGAAACAAACAGCUUUGUACUGCACUAUCACUGUCCCACUGCCAGAGCGUAGGUGCACCUCAGCCCCAGGAUGGGCGUGUGCUACAAGCCGUUUUUUUCAACAGCACUCGGCUUCAGCUCCGUGCCGCUUGCCAGUGGGAGGCGCUGGAGUGGCGCAGGUUAAUUUGGGAACGUGUUCUAGUUGCCCGUCCUUCUCAUUGUCCGGGAUCACCAACAUCCACUGCUUCUUUUAAUGCCCACGUACUGGAUCCCAAAGUUGCCUCUGUGCCAACCUCUCGUCCACUAGUUCGUCCCAAGGCCCUGCCUCUGUUUACACAGUACUGUGCUGAUGUGCUCAAGUCAGGCCUUCUGUACCAACUCAGUGAUCUCAAUAACUGGAGCGCCUUCACCUUCGUGCUUAGCCAAACCCAGCUUCAGGCCUUUCAAACGGAGGGUCGAGGACCAGUGUGUGAACCAGUGCUGUGCUACUCUCUCUCCUCCUGCCUAGCUGUACAGUGGGAUGAAACGGAUGGCACUGCCUAUUCUCACUUUCAGGUCAUUUUCCCAGAUGAGGUGCUGCGUCUGCGUGCAGAGAGUGAACCCCAGACCCAGGACUGGUUGGAGGCUCUGCGGAUGGCUGUGGCUGCUCAGAGGCCAAGAAAAGAGAUCAGCCGACUAACAGCAUCUGGAGUGCUGAUGAGAAGCAGACCCACUCAAGAGCGUCGCCAGAGAGAGGCCCAGAGGGCUAAACGCCAGUCUGUCACUACUAGCUUCCUCAGCAUUCUCACCUGUUUGUCUGUGGAAAAAGGCUUAACCGCUCAAAGCUUUAGAUGUGCAGGAUGUCAAAGGCCAGUUGGUUUGUCACGUGGCAAGGCCAAGGUAUGCUGCUACAGUGGAUUGUACUAUUGCCAUAGCUGCCAUCAGGAUAACCUCUUUCUUAUUCCUGCUCGACUGCUUCAUAACUGGGACACAAACAGACAUAAGGUGUCCAAACAAGCUAAGGAAUUUCUUGAAUUUAUAUAUGAGGAACCAUUGUUGGACUUGCAACAGCUGAACCCAGGUCUCUAUGAUCACUCGGAACCUCUAGCUGCUGUUCUGAAUCUGCGCCAGCAACUCAAGUCUCUCAGGGCUUACUUAUUUAGCUGCCGUGCCACUGUUGCUGAGGAUCUGCGCCGACGGAUCUUUCCAAGAGAAUACCUGUUACAGCACAUUCACCUAUAUUCAGUGGCUGACCUCCAGCAGGUGAUUGAUGGGAAGCUGGCUCCAUUUCUCUCAAAAGUGAUUAAGUUUGCGAGUUCUCACGUGUACAGCUGCAGUCUGUGUCGAGAGAAAGGAUUCAUUUGUGAGCUUUGCCACAAUGGCCAGAUUCUCUACCCUUUUCAGGAGAAUGUCACCAAAAGGUGUGAGGGUUGCGGAGCAGUCUUCCAUGCUGAGUGUCGACUGCGAGCCCAGCCUUGUCCACGCUGUGUUCACCGAGAGCUGCACAAGAAACCCUCUUCAUUCUGGAAAAAGAACAACCACAACAAGAGCCCAGACGAUGACUGCUGCUUCGAGCUUGACACCUGAACAAGAGCUGUAGCCUCUCUCCCAGCUUUUUGGCUUCAGAGGGCAUGUUUUGCUCAAACAUUUCGAGUCCCUGGUUGAGCAUAUCCACCCUGAGUGACCAUGGUAGAGCUAUGUUUGUCAAAA